AUCGGUUCAGCGUAAUAAAUUUGAUAAGCCUAUCACUAAUAAUAAUAAUAAACGCGAACCUAUUGCCUCGCCUCAUAAUAAACGCGAGAAGUCUAGCACCAAAUGUUUUGCGGUUUCAGCCACUCCUGCUACUUCGGCCUCGGCCUCUUCGCCUGCCUGUGUGUUUUGCAGCGGCGAGCACCGGAUUUACGAUUGCUCGUCAUUCCUGUCCCUGCCAGUUGAAGACCGGAUCUCCGGAGCGUCAAGGUUACGCCUUUGUCUCAACUGUUUGCGGAAGGGCCACACUUCUCAUCGCUGCCGAGUAGCUCCGUGUCACACUUGUAAGAAGCGCCAUAAUACUUUGUUGCAUAGGGAAACUCCUCAGGUUGCCGCUGCGCCCGUAGAUGCGCCUCCGCCGCGUUCGGAGCCCGAGCUCGGACUGUCGUCCAAUAUGACCGUGUCAUGCUCAAAUCAAAUACUCUUACCUACCGCGAAUAUUGACAUAUAUAGCCCGGCUACUAAUGAUUAUGUAACGGCGCGCGCGUUUUUAGAUUGCGGUAGCAUGACUUCUAUCGUAACAAGCAGUUAUAAACAAAAAUUGCAACUCGCACCGCUGCCCAGUAAUUCAAAACUUUUCGGAUUAUCUGACGUUCCUAUAUCCAGUAAUCCUGAGCGCUGCUUUGUGCAAAUUCGGUCUAAACAUGAUAAAAAUAAUAAAUUCGAUAUCUCAUGUUUAGCGCUGCCUGUAAUUAACAGCAAUUUGCCACUACAGCCUAUCGAUGUGUCGAAAGUUAAGUGGCCACGUAAUAAAAAACUCGCCGAUCCUCAUUUUAAUCAGCCCGGACCUGUAGAUAUUUUACUUGGCGGUGACGUCUUUUGGACUUUGGUUGGAGGCGAGCAAAUUGAUUUAGGGCACGAUACGCUUGUUUUGCGCAAAUCAAAACUAGGUUGGUUAGUGGUCAGUAAAUACAAUGCAUUUUCAAUGUAUGACGAUAAGUCGUUCAAUUCUUUUUUACAAUGCAAUCACUUGUACACAAGUGAUAAGCUGGACGACUCUCUUACUAAAUUCUGGCAGCUGGAGCAAGUGCCCCAGCCUAGUCAACCGUUUACCGAUUUAGAGGCGGAAUGUGAGCAUCAUUUUGUCACUCACACUUAUCGUGACGAUAACGGUAGGUUUCACGUGCGUUUGCCAUUAGUUACGGAACCCGAUUGUUUAGGUAACUCGUAUCGCUUUGCUAAAAAACGGUUCUUUGCAUUAGAGAAACGAUUUAAACGCAACCCUGAUUUGAAAACGGCUUACGAGCAAUUUAUAAAUGAAUAUGCCGAAUUAGGCCACCUCUCUGUGUCCGAUUCUGACAUUCCGGACCCUUCUUUCUUUGUGCCACAUCAUUCUGUGCAAAAGCCCUCCAGCGAAUCUACGAAGUUAAGGGUCGUGUUCCAUGGCAGUGCCCCCACCACGUCUGGCUAUUCUAUAAACGACCUGCAGAUGGUUGGGCCGACGAUUCAAGAUUCGUUAUUUAAUAUUCUCCUGAGGUUUCGUACUUACAAAUAUGUUUUGACUGGGGAUGUCGCUAAGAUGUAUCGGCAGGUCCUAGUUCAGGAGUGUGACCGCGAUUUACAAUUAAUCCUUUGGCGCUCCAAUGAGAACGAACCUUUAAAAACUUUAAGACUUAACACGGUCACUUACGGAUUUUCAAGUGCUAGUUUUUUGAGCACACGCUGUUUGUGGCAGUUGGGCGAGGAAUGUGCAGAUGAAAAAAUUAAGACUAUCAUUCAAAACGAUUUUUUAGUGGAUGAUUUAUUAACAGGGUCAGACACAGAGGAGGAAUUACGUUUCAUUAAAGAUUCGGUUGAGCGUGCGCUAGCAGCUGGUUGUUUUCCCCUGCGCAAAUAUCGCUCAAAUUUAUCGUCAAUUUUGCAUGACUCACAAAACGCUAGUGAAGAUAAAGGUAGCUUGAUCAUUAGCUCGUCGUCGCAUACGCUAGGAGUGGGCUGGGACUCUGAGGCAGAUAUCAUUCAUUUUCCCACACAAUAUUCUGCCAAGGACGGCCACCCUACGAAACGUUCAAUUUUAUCGGACUCGUGUAAAAUAUUUGAUCCCUUAGGCCUCCUGUGUUUGCUGACGAUUAUACCUAAAGUUUUAAUUCAAAAAUUAUGGAUCGAAAAAAUUGACUGGGAUGCUCCCGUGCCGAGUUAUAUAAACGAGUCUUGGCAGGACUUUGUUAACGGGUUAACGUCUUUAACUUCGCUCCAAAUACCUCGUCAUGUUCUUUGCGACUCGCCGACGCAUAUCGAGAUGCAUGUAUUUUGUGACGCAAGCUCAGUUGCAUACGCGGCCUGUAUUUAUUUAAAGUCCACGAACGAGAAGGGCGAUAUUGUAGUCAGGUUGCUGUGCGCAAAGGCCAAGGUCACUCCGGUCCAGGCUACGACUACUCCUCGUUUGGAAUUAUGUGCUUGCCUUCUAGGCGCGCAGCUCGCGUCAGCUGUUUCUAGGACGUUGCGUUGCCAGAUUGCGCAGAAAUUUUAUUGGACUGACUCGUCAAUUGUAAUCGCAUGGCUUAAAACGAAUCAAACAAAAUUACAAACGUUUGUUGCCAAUCGCGUGGCUCAUAUUUUAGAACUCACCGAUGGCAGUGAGUUUCGUCACGUUCCAACCGCUUUAAAUCCGGCUGACUACCCAUCUAGAGGUGUCGAAGCGCGUCGCUUGCCUGAUUUGCACAUGUGGUGGACCGGGCCAUCUUUUUUGUACGAGCCACAAAAUAACUGGCCUCAGUUUUCCUCAAACUCGGAGCUCGAUUUGCCCGAGCUAAAGGUUAACGUCGCGAUUACUAACGAUUCGCAAAAAACUGAUGCUAUCGAUUUCGAUCGAUAUUCGAAACUUAAACCCUUACAACGUGCGGUAGCUUAUAUGCUUAGGUUUGCGCAUAAUUGCCGUUGUUCAUCCAACAAAACUGCGGGUGUACUACAACCUGAGGAGCUCGAGGUUUCUUUUAAAAAAUUGGUCGCUUUGUCCCAGCAGGCUAGUUUCUCCCUUGAAUUGAAAUUGUUGCGUGACAAGCAACCUCUAGGCCCUAAAAACCCUAUUUUAUCGUUGAAUCCAUUUUACGAUGAAGACGACCAGCUUCUCAGAGUUGGUGGACGUCUGUCCUCCUCGUUUUAUCCAUUUGACAAACGCCACCCAAUGCUUUUACAUGCCAAACAUAGAUUGACUAGACUGCUGUUUCAACAGGAACAUAUCCGUCUCUUGCACGCUCCUCCGCAGCUGCUUCUGGCCGCCAUUCGCGAGUCGAUAUGGGCCGUAUCGGGGCGCACACUUGCGCGCACCGUAUCGCAACAGUGCGUUACCUGUCGCCGCGCAGCUGGCAACACUUCUGCUCCUUUGAUGGGCGCUCUGCCCUCUCAGCGAGUAACGCCUGAUUUUCCUUUCAUUAGUGUCGGCGUAGACUUCGCUGGGCCUUUUAUGAUUACUGACAGGCAUGGCAGAGGCUGCAAAAUAACCAAAUGCUAUUUAGCAAUAUUUGUUUGUCUCCGAUACAAGUGUUUGCAUCUGGAGGCAGUAAGCACGCUGUCGACAGAUUCAUUUAUUCUUACGCUGCGACGCUUUAUCUCUCGCAGAGGACGACCUCGCGAGAUCUUUUGCGACAAUGGACGCAAUUUUGUAGGAGCGGCCAAGGAAAUUAGCGAUUAUCUUACUUCAAACUCAGACACGGUUUGCAAUUUUGCAGCAAAUGAGGGAAUACAAUUUAAAUUCCAGCCGGCAUAUGCUCCUCACUUUGGUGGUUUGUGGGAAGCAGGAGUCAAAUCGGCCAAAUUUCACCUCAAUCGUAUAUUAGGUAACGCUCAUUUAACAUAUGAAGAAUUGGCAAGUCUCUUUAGUUAUGUGGAAUCUAUCCUUAACAGUCGUCCUUUAUGUCCUUUAUCGUCCUCACCAAACGAUUUCCAACCCUUAACCCCAGGUCACUUCAUCAUCGGCCGCGCGCUCACAUCGUUGCCGUCGCCCAACCUCGCGGAUAUAAACCCAAACCGUUUAGAUAGGUUUCAGAGGCUCGAGGCAUUAAGACAGCACUUCUGGCGACGCUGGCAAAUGGAAUAUGUCUGCGAGCUCCAGCAACGGACUAAAUGGCGUGUUCCAGGACGAGCUCUUCAACUGGGUGACCUGGUCCUAAUCAAGGAAGAGAAUACUCCCCCAAUGCACUGGCGGCUCGGACGAAUCGCCAAAUUGUUUCCUGGCGCUGACGGGAUUUCGCGAGUAGCCGAAGUUGCUACUGGAACGGGAACCUACAAACGAGGUGUGAAAUACCUCUGCCCUCUGCUGGACGAGACCCAUGAAGCCUUGAAGGCUGACGCCUCCAAGGGCCCCCAGGAUGUUGCGGCUCCUACCAAUGGAGGGGAAGUGGGGAACAUACACCGCUAAACCAGUUGGCCCAUCUACCGCUCCCCCCGCCGCAUAUAGACGCCUAG